AAGAAAAUCAGGUGACAGGAAUCGAUUGCGGGCCAUUUAAAAUGACGCACGAUUCGACAGACUGCGCGACGAUAUCCAAGUCCUCCCAAGCGAAUGAAUAUAUUAUUCCCAAAUGGCCGAAAAUUGAGCUAAGUCAUGCUUUCAAGGCAGACAUACUUAAGGCUUUUAAAAUGUUUGAUGUUACCGGAGAGGGCACAGUGACUGUCGACGCAGUACGGGUUGCAUUCAGGGCACUUGGAUACGACACCGAAGUGAAUGAGUUCAAAGAACUUCGCCACCAGACAAAAGAGUUUGGAGGACGCGUUGACUUUGGAGAAUUCCUAAAUCUGAUCACAGACCGCAUGCUGGCUCUUGAUAACGAUAUGGAUAUACAAAAAUCAUUCGAACUUAUGGAUACAGGGGAUAAAGGAUACAUCGACAUCGAGGACCUACGAAAAGCAGCUGCCACGCUCGAAUUACCCGAGAUGUAUGAUGACGAUUUCGCUGCUAUGCUACUCGGAGCGCAAAUUAACGAUCCAGCCGAGGAACUGCAGAAGGCCUACGAGGAACGACAAAAGCAGGCGCGAAUACGCAAAGGUCUGUCUUACGGGAUAGACACAACCACAGCAGAAGUAAUGGCAGCCGCGGCUGUCUCAAGCGGUCAAGUCAUGCCCGGCAUGUCGGGAUUUCAACGUGCUCGACGACUCUCCUCUAGUGGACAACCAAGUCCUGGCACACUUACGGUGGAUCUAAAACAGUUUAAUCACUUAAUGAAGAUGACAAGACCACCAGUGGAAGACAUCACGCUACUUUAAGCCGCCAAUAAUCUGUUUCUCAUCGACACUUUCCACUAGGAGGUCAACUGUAAUGAGAGACGAACCCGAAUUCAUAGAACAAAUGAUGAGUCUGAUUUGACGGUAGUGAAACAGCUCUAACUUUCUGACCGAUAAAAUACACAUAUGAUAGUAAAGCA